AUGAAUGCUGACAAAACCGAGGGUGAAGACAUGGGAGAUGUGAUUGGUUUUACAUCCUACAAUCAACAAGGAUUAACAUUCCGUGGCCAUGAUGAAUCUAAAAACUCAAGUAAUCAGGGAAAUUUUCUUGAAUUGUUGCAGUUUCUAGCGAAACAUAAUGAAGAAAUUGACAAGGUAGUGUUGGAAAAUGCUCUUGAAAAUCAUCAAAUGACUGCAUCGGACAUUCAAAAAGAAAUAGCAAAUGCUGCAGCAAAUGAAACUCUAGAUGUUAUUCUUAAAGAUCUUGGAGACUCAUCAUUUGCUAUCCUAGUUGAUGAAGCUCGUGAUCUAUCUGUUAAAGAACAGUUGGCAAUUGUUUUGCGAUAUGUAGAUAAGAAGGGCCAUGUGAUUAAACGUCUUUUAGGAAUUACACAUGUUAGCAAUACCACGACUGCAGUAUUGAAGAUGGCAAUUGAGUCAAGUCCAGAUGACUUGUUUGCUGCCUUUAAUAAGGAUAAUAUGCUUCGUCUUGCUCAGUUUUAUCCGAAUGAUUUUUCAGCAAUUCAACUUAUGACCUUGGACAACCAACUUGAAACAUAUAUCAUUGACAUGCGUUCUAGUGAAGAAUUUGCCACACUUAAAGGGAUUAGACAACUUGCUGAAAAGAUGGUGGAGAUGAAAAAAGAUAUCACCUAUCCAUUGGUUUAUUCAUUGGUGACAUUGUCAUUGAUUCUACCAGUUGCGACAGGAACUGUUGAAAGAGCAUUUUCAUCAAUGAAUAUUGUUAAAAAUCGUUUACGUAACAGAAUGUGA